ACUUCCUUCCAAGUUCUGAUCAUUGUUAUAAUUCAAAUUUUAAAUAGAAUUUUAUUUUUAUUUUUACUUUUAGUCUUAUUUUGCACCAGGAAAAAGUACCAAGAAAUUGCAACAAGCAUGCAGAAGCUACUCUGCAACACCACCUACUACAAUAGGCCGGUGCAAUUUUGUCAAAAGUGGCUACUAAAUUCCACAAAGAUGACUAACUCCCAACUACACUUUGCUUUUCAUUUAUUGCCUUUCGUUAGAAUUUGCCUAUAAAUAGCCAUGUGAUUACCAUUGUACGUAUAAGUUUUAAUCCAAGAUUUCAGUUUAUAUUUCUCUUUUUUUGAGUGAGUUUUUUGGGAGUGGAUUCUCUCAAUUUAUCUCUGUAUCUUAGGUCUUACCAACCUAAGUGGUGAACUUGGCAAUCGAAUUCAUCGUAGUGGGAUUUUAAAUCUCGCCAAAAUCGGUGUUUCGGUAUCGGCUCCUACGUCAUAUUUUUAUUUUAACUAAUAUGUUUUGUUUUUGUUUUCCUUGUUAGGUUUACGAACAAAAGAGGAUUGGAAAAGGGAGAUGAAGGAAUUUAAUUACAAACAGAUAUGGUAAAGCUUAAUUAGAUACAAGAGGGUUACAAAAUAAUGGAGCCAAAUUCUAGUUUUGGUAAAAUAUACAGGUUUGCAUUAUUAAUCUGGAGUAGUAUAGAACCAAUGUCAGCUAUACACUUGACACACCUCUUAAGCUAGCUAGUCUGAAAUGAGGUGAUGAUAUACACAUGGGUGAGCUUGGCUUUAAGCUAUAACCGAGCCAUAUAUAGUUAUUAGUCAAUUUUACUACAUGCUGCAAACAAGGUUGUAGAAAGCACCCGGCGGUGGUGGGUGUUGGGCCGCUGCCUAGCGCCUAGACGAUGCUUAGG